AUGACUGUUCCUGAGAAAGCCUUCCACUCCAUUUUUGUGCAACAGCUGCUGCUGAGCAGCCAUUUGACUGCAACCAAAGGAUACAUUCAAGUCCCCACUCUUGACACUUCAUCUUUGGUGAAGCAUGGUGUUGUUGGUGCUCUUGGACUUUGUGCUGCUGCACUCUCCCAUGGCUUGAACCUCAUUAGAUCUGGUGAUGUUGAGCUCAAGUCCCAUGUCAACAUCAAAGAUGGUAUUGCCAAUGUGGCAAUGAGGUUUGUGCCAACCCCCAUCAAAUACAACAUGGCUUCAGGGAAGGAUAGCAAGACUGUGUGCACAUUUUCAGACCAGAAUUGGGGAGCUUCAAUGAGGAAGUUUAUGGGGGCCACCAAAAGAAGAUCUAUUGCUCAGCUUCAAGCCAUCAUAGAGCUCACCCUUGCUUCACUUGCAAUAGGGAAAGAACUUGACCCCAAGCUGUUGAGUGAUGCAGGAUCUGAUGACAAGUAUGCACUUAUCUCAUGUGCUUAG